AUGAGAUGCAACCGCAGUAAGAUGCUGUUGUUUCAUGGAGUUGCAGAAGAAAGCAAAGAAGACAUCACUGCUGUGUUCACCGAAGUUAGCCCUUUGAAAGACAGGCUUGAUGAGAUGGAGGCGAGGAAUAAUUUGGUGUCUCUAAGGGGAUGUCAGGCAGUAUCCACAUUAUCGCUCCUGAUGGCACCCAGCACGGAGCACCGAGUGAUUUCUAUGACUGAGCUGAAAGCAAACUUCCUCAAUAGCUAUUAA